AUGAAGUUGAUCCUCUCCACCUCCAAUAUUAUGAACGGAGGCAGACCGUCUGUCAUCCGCUCGCCGCUGACGCAGAAGUCCAACAUCGAGUUGAUAACGUCCCUGCGCUCGAACUUCCUGGCUUCGCAAGUGCUCGACGACGGUACGAACGGGACCAACGGCGAUGCGAACGGAUUACACCCUGAGAAACGUGAUUAUUCUUCGUGGACGGUGGAUCACGACGGGGCUCUCUACAUUCCGGCCGUGGAUUUCUCACAGCAUGGACUGGCCGAGGAGCGGGAUCAAUACGAUAUCACGGUGAAACUAUUCUAUCUACCAGGGAUUCCAGCCUCGAGACGCUGCGCACACACAAGGGAAGCAAUUGAUCUGGUAUUGAAGGAGCUACAUGUCAAGUCUAUCGAUUUGCUGAUAGUUUCGUUCCCGGGGAUUCUAUUUGAUGCGGACGACGACAGCGAUGAGGAAGGGUCUGACGCUAGUGGGGAGGAUGACUUUGACAGCAUGGUGCAGACGUGGCGAGUGCUUGAGUCCCUGCAUGAACAGGGCAUGAUCGCGCAGUUGGGCGUCGCCGAGUUCGGCAGCGAGCGGCUAGCGCGCUUCCUCCCACAUACCCAGCUCAAGCCUUCGGUGGAUCAGAUCAACCUGAAGGACUGUUGCGUGGUGCCCAAGUCCCUUAUUCUCUAUGCCAAGCAGGAGAAGAUCCAACUCUUGACCCACAAUGAUUGCAAUGAUAUCCUUCCGGUCGGCACGACACGAGAGCUCUUGGGGCCGGCGGAUAAGGGAGGUGCAGGCAUCCUGGCUUCGACGCCAGAUGCUAACGACGGAAUUCAGGGACACGUCGAGCCGCAAUGGGUGGUCAAGUACACGGCCGUGGUGAAGGAUCGCGGCGUGGUUGAGAACAAGGGAUAUUUCGCUCUGGCAGAUGUCGGCACAUGUGUCAAGUCCCAGUCAUAA